GUUUACAAAGUGAUGGUCAAUGUAGGAAGACAUGAGUGGUUUGUCUUCAGGCGAUACGCAGAAUUUGACAAGCUCUACAACACAGUAAGUGGAAGUGUUACUGUGUUUUAAAUACAUGUUGUAAUAAGACUGCAGGCUUCCUUUCUUACUAAACCUUUUCGUCAGAUAUCAGCUGGCUAAACUGGGCCAAGCUCGGUUUUUAUGAAAACAGAAUCCCUUAUCUUAUCAGAAGUUUUAACUUUGAAGGUCGUAGCUUUUUUUGAGACUCGAGGAGGUGAAAGCUGUGGAGCUGAUGGCGUAAGACGUGUUAAUGACAUUUCACACAUGUUAUAUCACACACUGUAUUUAGACUACUGUGGAUUUGUGUGUAGUUGACAUUUAGAAAAUGAGGUAAUUAAACUCUCAUGAUUGGGGUAGAGAUGGAGAGGCGUUUUUGUCCCCAUUCUUAUCUUUGAUAUAAUCUGAUUUGUCUCUUUUCUUUUUAUGCAGUUGAGGAAACAGUUUCCAUCUUUGAACUUGAAAAUCCCAGCCAAGAGAAUAUUUGGGGACAACUUUGACCCAGGUACCAUAUUGAUUAAUCUAUCGUUGUCUGGUAAAAGUACAGUACACUACCUGUAACAGUACUAGUGUUUUUAGUAGAUCAGAAUUCAUGUCCCUCUGUUCUCCACUGUACUUCAGCCCAGUAAUUUGUAUGUACAUAUAUACAGUGAGGGGAAAAAAGUAUUUGAUCCCCUGUUGAUUUUGUACGUUUGCCCACCGACAAAGACAUGAUCAGUCUAUAAUUUUAAUGGUAGGUUUAUUUGAACAGUGAGAGACAGAAUAACAACAACAAAAUCCAGAAAAACGCAUGUCAAAAAUGUUAUGAAUUGAUUUGCAUUUUAAUGAGGGAAAUAAGUAUUUGACCCCUCUGCAAAACAUGACUUAGUACUUGGUGGCAAAACCCUUGUUGGCAAUCACAGAGGUCAGACGUUUCUUGUAGUUGGCCACCAGGUUUGCACACAUCUCAGGAGGGAUUUUGUCCCACUCCUCUUUGCAGAUCUUCUCCAAGUCAUUAAGGUUUCAAGGCUGACGUUUGGCAACUCGAACCUUCAGCUCCCUCCACAGAUUUUCUAUGGGAUUAAGGUCUGGAGACUGGCUAGGCCCCUCCAGGACCUUAAUUUGCUUCUUCUUGAGCCACUCCUUUGUUGCCUUGGCCGUGUGUUUUGGGUCAUUGUCAUGCUGGAAUACCCAUCCACGACCCAUUUUCAAUGCCCUGGCUGAGGGAAGGAGGUUCUCAUCCAAGAUUUGACGGUGCAUGGCCCCGUCCAUCGUCCCUUUGAUGCGGUGAAGUUGUCCUGUCCCCUUAGCAGAAAAACACCCCCAAAGCAUAAUGUUUCCACCUCCAUGUUUGACUGUGGGGAUGGUGUUCUUGGGGUCAUAGGCAGCAUUCCUCCUCCUCCAAACACAGCGAGUUGAGUUGAUGCCAAAGAGCUCGAUUUUGGUCUCAUCUGACCACAACACUUUCACCCAGUUCUCCUCUGAAUCAUUCAGAUGUUCUUUGGCAAACUUCAGACGGGCCUGUAUAUGUGCUUUCUUGAGCAGGGGGACCUUGCGGGCGCUGCAGGAUUUUAGUCCUUCACGGCGUAGUGUGUUACCAAUUGUUUUCUUGGUGACUAUGGUCCCAGCUGCCUUGAGAUCAUUGGACAAGAUCCUCCCGUGUAGUUCUGGGCUGAUUCCUCACCGUUCUCAUGAUCAUUGCAACUCCACGAGGUGAGAUCUUGCAUGGAGCCCCAGGCUGAGGGAGAUUGACAGUUAUUUUGUGUUUCUUCCAUUUGCGAAUAAUGGUCUUGUAGCCCAUUCCAGCCUUGUGUAGGUCUACAAUCUUGUCCCUGACAUCCUUGGAGAGCUCUUUGGUCUUGGCCAUGGUGGAGAGUUUGGAAUCUGAUUGAUUGAUUGCUUCUGUGGACAGGUGUCUUUUUAUACAGGUAACAAGCUGAGAUUAGGAGCACUCCCUUUAAAAGUGUGCUCCUAAUCUCAGCUCGUUACCUGUAUAAAAGACACCUGGGAGCCAGAAAUCUUUCUGAUUGAGAGGGGGUCAAAUACUUAUUUCCCUCAUUAAAAUGCAAAUCAAUAUAUAACAUUUUUGACAUGCGUUUUUCUGGAUCUUUUUGUUGUUAUUCUGUCUCUCACUGUUCAAAUAAACCUACCAUUAAAAUUAUAGACUGAUCAUUUCUUUGUCAGUGGGCAAACGUACAAAAUCAGCAGGGGAUCAAAUACUUUUUUCCCUCACUGUACAUAUGACAAACUGGAUUAUGGAUGGUAUGAAACUAGAGCAGAACAACUAAGUGAUUUUGCAUCAUAUUUGCUUGUGUGCUUCCAUUUCCAUUGUCUUUCAUUUGUGAAUACAGGGUCAAUAUUAAAUAUACGAUUUAUAUUUCCAUUUCUUUUAUUAGAGUUUAUCAAGCAAAGAAGAACAGGUUUACAUGAGUUCAUUCAGAGACUGGUCUCACAUCCUCAGCUCAGCAACCAGUAAGUAUUCUACAACUGACUUUAUGGUACAUUUAUUUUUAGAAAAUAGCCAGAUUAUUGCGCUGUACUCAGAUAGUUUGACAAAUCGAUCUGUAUCCCUUUAUGCAAGUGUGAAGCCCCUUAUACAAGUAGGAAGUUACCCCUAGAAACUGAUCCAAGGUCAGUUUUGUUUUUUCUCCCCUAAUGGGUAUGGUUAGGAUCUAGGGAUGAUAAGAUGAUCCUAGAUCUGUGACAAAGGGAGCAUAUGUAACCCUGUUUUAUGGCGGUAUCUCCUGAUCCAGUUAUAUUUAACAUGGAGUCUAAAAGCAGUGCAACUCUAACAGCAGUGCCUUUGUCUGUCAAACCCCUAACAUGUGACCUCUCUCGCCAACUAUCUGAUAGGCCUGAUGUCAGAGCAUUCCUGCAGAUGGACAAAUCUCAAAACUUCUCAGACGCAUCAGAAGACGAAGAUGACAAGGUAGGUGAUGACAGACAGUAUGAUGUCUGAGGGAAGGAGAUAUGACUGUUUCAUAGAUUGAGCGGUCAUGUCUUUCAACUGAAGAAAUGUCACAUAUUUCCUAGAGGUUGCGUUGAAUAACAUCUCUGCUCUGAUACAGCACAAAUAAAUACUUGGAAGUAUUGAAUAUUCUAUUUUCAAUGUGUGAUCAUUGAUUGCAUUAUACAACAGUAAUAAUGCAGCAGAUGCAUGUUUUGCAUUAUCAGCAUUGUCAUUCUGUAUAGUAUGUGUGGUUCAAACCCCUUGAGACUUCCUGGUAGAAUAAAGGUUUAGAUCCUAUGGCCUCACUUUUUAACCUGCAUUAAACCUGUGUUUUUAACUUAGAUAAUCUGUUCUCUCUCUGGUUUACAGAACAGCUCUACCUCCAGAAAUAUUAACCUGGGAUCGUCUGGAAAUCCACAGUAGGUUACAUACACAGUCUUGCGUUGAAUUGAGGCCUGCAGAUAUUUCUGUUUUACCUGUGUAAAUUUGUGUGCUUUCUGGAUGUCUUUUUCUUCUAAGUAACCUUUGCAGGCCUUGUCAUAGCCAUUCAUUUGUUCUAAAAAUAUAUUUCUAGACACUUUCACUUAUUUUUUUUGCCAACCUUUUUUGUUUUCCACAUUUCAGUGCAAAGCCCACAGACUUUGACUUUCUUAAAGUCAUCGGAAAGGGGAGCUUUGGAAAGGUAUGUGAUUAUGUAUAAAACAGUAUAUGUACGUUACGUAGGGUUGCAAAAUUCCGGGAACUUUCAAUACAUUUCCUGGUUUUCCAGAAAUCCUAGUUGGAGGAUUCUGGAAUUCCUGCUUAUUCCCUCCUGAUUCCGGAAUCCUCCAACUGGGAUUUCAGAAAAACCAAGGAAUUUAUUGAAAGUUUUGCAACCCUAAUAUUACAGCCCUUUUGAAUGUCUUGGGCACACUUGUCAAGCUCACUCCACAGAGGGCCGAGUGUCUGCGGGUUUUCGCUCCUCCCUUGGACUUGAUUGAUGAAUUAAGGUCACUAAUUAGUAAGGAACUCUCCUCACCUGGUUGUCUAGGUCUUAGGAAAAACCAAAAACCAGCAGACACUAGACCCUCCAUGGAAUGAGUUUGACACCCCUGGUCUUGGGUCUUGAAGUAGGUCACUCAAAAGAGAAACUCAUAGCAACACAAACAAUGAAUAUUGAAACAAUCAGGUAUUUAGUUUAGUCUUUCCAGUGUGGUAACAAAAACAGUUUUACUACUUUGUCUAUUAUUAGAUACCCUUUCUAUUUGGGAAGUGAUAGUCUUACAGUUCUGGAUUUUCACUGCCUCAUUGUUGGUACUGUAUUGUCCCUGCUGUUGUAACUGGGGGGUUUAACAGCGAGUCCACCAUGCCUUCUCUUCUCGCCCAUGUGAAGGUUCUCCUUGCAAAACGGAAACUGGACGGGAAGUAUUAUGCAAUCAAGGUCCUGCAGAAAAGGGUAAUCCUCAACAGGAGAGAGGUAAUUUAUUCUAAAGUACUAUUGAAUUGGAAAUGUUUCUUAUUCUGUUUCUCGAUGUUGGGUACGUUAUCCCCAAUAAUACAAUGUUUCCUGUUUCCACCAGCAAAAACACAUCAUGGCGGAGCGCAAUGUGCUACUGAAGAACAUGAAACACCCCUUCCUGGUCGGCUUGCAUUAUUCUUUCCAGACGACAGACAAGUUGUACUUCGUCUUGGAUUUUGUCAACGGGGGAGAAGUGAGUAGUUUCACUUUUCUAAAUAAUAGACACACAGUGUUGAGUCAUUGAGGUCAAAACACAGGAAACCUGCUAAAAAAGUCCCCUGGGAUAUGACCCCUGACCUGAGGGCAAGGACCCUUAUAAACUUUGGGUCCGGUUCCACAGACCCAGAUUCAAUAGAAUUUACAUUGAAAGUUUAUAGCCAGUUUAUACACUAUCCAAACAGAAUCUGCUGCGAUCCACUCCCAACCCACCAUUUGAGAAGCACUGGUUUAAGCUAUACUGGUUUAAGCUAUACUGGUUUAAGCUAUACUGGUUUAAGCUAUACUGGUUUAAGCUAUACUGGUUUAAGCUAUACUGGUUUAAGCUAUACUGGUUUAAGCUAUACAGGUUUAAGCUAUACAGGUUUAAGCUAUACAGGUUUAAGCUAUACAGGUUUAAGCUAUACAGGUUUAAGCUAUACAGUAGGUGUUGAUAAACUCAUUCAUUUUGAAGCUCAACGCCUCCUUUUCAAUAAAAGGAACUGUGCAGUUGGCGAGAGCUGAAUUUCCACAUUUGAAUAAACGCAUCCUGACCACUAGUGCAGCGUUUGCCAAUGUAACUCUUAUAAAAAUAUUUAUUAGUAUUUAUAUACAUUCCAUUCUGGGACUGUCAAAAAGAGCCAAAACCAAGAGUGGUUCAGACAGGAUAUUGAAGGUUUGUAUUGUUUCUCUAACAUUGGUAUAAUGUCCAGUCUGUAAAAAUAUUUUGACAGUAUUAAAAUAUUACAGAUAUUUUUACAAAAAAGCUACAGAGGUCUAUGGAUAUUCCAGAUCUGAAGGCUAUGUGCUUUAGCUAACGUCUCUGAUUAUCAUUGUCAUCAGUAUGUGCUUUAGCUGGGGGGGCUAUGCUAGAUAUCUCCUCCUGAUUCUGAGAACAUGCAGUCCAGGUAGCUACACGUUUUGUUUUUCCAGGGAGCAGAGGCUAAUCUCGUAGCUCAUGUCAUGUUGAUGCUAGUACUCAGGCACUCAGUUAAUCCCCACAACGUGCUGCUUGAGUCAAUUGUAAUAGUGAAGUGGAAUUUGCAGACAGGGCAGGAACUUUGACCCACGGCUCUGUGUCAUGACUCAGCUACAAUUGCUGUUAGCAACCUGGGCUAAAUAUUGUGGAAAUAUCACGUCAUGUUCCUAUUGUGUCCAUUAGUUCACUAUGUCCUUUGGAACUGUCUCACUGUCCUCUAUCAUUCCAGCUCUUCUUCCAUCUUCAAAAAGAACAGACCUUUCCGGAACCCAGAGCCAAGUUCUACAUCGCAGAAAUGGCAAGCGCAAUGGGCUAUCUGCAUUCUCUCAACAUAGUUUACAGGUACGUGGAUUGUGUGUUUGUGCGUAUGUAACAAUUUGUGUGUGGGCUUUGGCUCAACAGGCUAACAGACCCAUGUUCAAAUCCAGUUAGUGUUGCAAAGGCUGAAUUGGAUAAAUGAGUCAAAUUAGCUGCCUGGUUGUCAUUGCUCUGGUACACCAGCGGGCUGCUGGAGGUCUGUAGUAGAGAAUUCAUGUUCUAAGGCAGGGGUGUCAAACGUACGGCCCGCGGGCCGGAUCAGGCCCGCAAACGGGUUUAAUCCGGCCCGCGAGAUGAUUUCGGAAAAAACAAAAAAAAGAUUUUUUUUUUUUUUUUUUUUUGUAAAGUAUAAAAAUGCGCUGCAAUUUUUCAAUAAAAUAAACUGCUGUUCCAAUUGCGUCCACUGGAUGGCGCAAUAGCAAUUGUGUUACAUUUACAUUUACGUCAUUUAGCAGACGCUCUUAUCCAGAGCGACUUACAGUUAGCACAUACAUUAUUUUAUCGAACCCACAACCCUGGCGUUGCAAACGCCAUGCUCUACCAACUGAGCUACAUCCCUGCCGGCCAUUCCCUCCCCUACCCUGGACGACGCUGGGCCAAUUGUGCGCCGCCCCAUGGGUCUCCCGGUCGCGGCCGGCUACGACAGAGCCUGGAUUCGAACCAGGAUCUCUAGUGGCACAGCUAGCACUGCGAUGCAGUGCCUUAGACCACUGCGCCACUCGGGAGACUGUGUUAAGCAAGCAAACUGUUUAUACCGGGGCAGAGCAAGUAGGUCAAGCACGUGCAGCCAAUGAGCUACUUUGUUUUGCCCGCGAUAUUUAUUACGGCUUCUACUUUUAACAUUAUGUGCUUUGGCACCCUCAUUGACCAAUAUGUCUCUGUCAAAAAAGAGAAAAGUGGACGCAGAGUGCAGAGUGUUCCAAGAAAAAUGGUCAUCCUAUUUAUUCACGGAAUUGAAUGGGAAAGCUGUAUGUUUGGUGUGUUCAGAGCAUGUUGCAGUGCUGAAAGAAUAUGAGUCUUCAUGCCGACAAAUAUGACAACUUUCAAGGACAGCGGAGAUGAGAGAAGGUGAAUGAACUGUUGGCGGGUCUGAAGAAACAGCAGUCUGUGUUUACUCACAGCCGAGACAUCAGUGACGCUGCAGUGAAAGCUAGCUACCUCAUUGCUAAUGAAAUCGCAGUGGCUUCAAAACCAUUUAGUGAGGGUGAAUUUGUAAAAACAUGCAUGAUGAAGGCAGCGGAGAUUGUGUGCCCUGAAAAGCGGCAGGCUUUUGCAAAUAUCAGCCUGACAAGAAACACAGUUGCAGACAGGAUUUCCGAUCUUUCAGUGGAUUUGGACAGCCAGUUGAAGCAAAAAGUAAAGUCAUUUAUUGCGUUUUCGGUUGCAAUUGAUGAAAGCACGGACAUUACAGAUGUUGCACAACUGGCCAUUUUCAUCCGCGGAGUUGAUGACACAUUGACCGUCACCGAGGAGUUCGUGGAGUUGGUGCCGAUGACAGAUACAACGACAGCAGCUGAUAUUUUUACCGCACUCGUCGGCGCGCUGGACAGGGUCGGAGUGGACUGGUCCCGCGCUGUCAGCCUGGCUACAGAUGGUGCGCCCUCAAUGAUCGGGAAAAAAGCAGGCGUUGUGACAAAGUUCCGAGAGAAAGUGCAAUCUGCAAAUGGAGGACGUGAUUUUUGGACUUUUCACUGUAUUUUGCACCAGGAUGCUUUGUGUUGCAAGUCAUUAAAGAUGGAUAACAUCAUGAAGGUGGUCAUCCAAACUGUUAAUUUCAUCCGAUCCAGAAGCCUGAAUCAUCGUCAGUUUGACAGCCUUCACAGAGAGAAAGACCACAUCUAUGGCCUGCCAUACCACACUGAGGUAAGAUGGUUAAGCCGAGGUGCUGUGCUGAGGCGUUUCUUUGAUUUACGAGAAGAAAUUGAACAGUUCAUGGAAGAAAAGGGCAAACCAGUGUUAGAAUUUCAUUCCGCAGAAUGGAUGCAGGACCUUGCAUUUAUGGUGGAUGUUACAGAGCACCUGAAUAACUUGAACAAACAGCUGCAAGGGCGCAACAAAGUUGUCACGCAGUAUUAUGACAGCAUACGUUCUUUCAAGUUGAAGCUGUCAUUGUGGGAGACGCAACUUGCCGGUGGUGAUGCAGCUCACUUCCCCUGUCUGAAAAAUGUGUGCGCGACCCAACAUGUGGCAGACAUGAAGCGGUUCAAAGAUAAAAUAACGGGACUGUUACGGGAGUUUGAGCAACGCUUUCAGAUUUAUGUUUAUGUUUUUAUGUUGAUGUGCUAUUGUUUUUAAUUGAUUUUAUUUGUAUAUUUAACCUAUUCUUGACUCUGUGGUUCUUGCACUUGUUUGGGGAACAGGAUUUCAUUAUUUUUAUCUACAUUUCUGCCUGAGAAAUGACACCCUGAUAUAGUUCUGUGAAUCACUGAGGCAUUGUGUGUUUGUGUGUUCUUUGUCCUCAGAACUUUCAAAUAACUUGAGGUGUUUUAUGAUUAAUAGUGAUGUUGUGCUUGUACUAUUUUGGACACACUGUCCUCAGGCUCCAGCUUUAUGUUGUAUGUUGAUCGUAUUAAAACAAAGAAAACAAUCUGAAGUUGUUGUUUUUAAGUUAUAUAUCCCAUAAUUUUUCCGGUCCGGCCCACUUGGGAAUAGAUUUUCCUCCAUGUGGCCCCUGAGCUAAAAUGAGUUUGACACCCCUGUUCUAAGGUUUCCUAUGCUGUAAAACACUGUUUUCCACAAUAACUAUCCUGAAUGAGAAAUGCAUGCAACACACAUCCCCUUAUCAAUUAGUGGGAAAAGUCCCACUUCUAAUGGCAUCUCAUGUGAAAUUCCUGGAACUUUGUGAACAUUUGAAGUGUUCCUAUUUAUAGCCAUCCGCUGUAGUAAUUUUCAUUAAGUCAAACGUCACUGCAGUCACGGUUGGAAGUGCAGAAUCAUACAUUAACUGACAUGUGAGGGCAAUUUUCCCUUAACACGGGUGUAUCCCCUUAACUCCUCAUAGGACCUCAAGCCAUUCACUCUGCCUGUGGUUUUAGUUUAGUGUAAUGCUGGUUCUGUUACUCAUGUACAUUGUAAUCAACUGGAUCAUGUCUGGAUGCAAAUCGCUAAGAUUAAAUAACCCCUCUGUUGCUCUUCAAUUGGCCACUUUCCAGGAAGUAGUAAGAUUAUAGCCAUUGUAAUCCAUUAAGCACAAUUCUAUUAUCCAGUAACAGUGACUUUGGAUAAUGAAUGUUCAUGAAAUUUCUUUUUUUUUGUUUCACAGGGAUUUGAAGCCAGAAAAUAUCCUUCUCGACUCUGAAGUAAGUGUGACAUCCUAACUCGGUUUGCAGUUCAUAAGUAGUCGGUUCUAUGUGGAGUAGCUUAGGGCUGUAUUCAUUACAACCUGCACUAGCAAUACUUAUGCAGUCUGUUUGUUUACAAACAGCUGUUCACAUACAAAUGUGUCUUGAAACUGGAAGCAUCCUCCCAUGGCUGUAGUCUACCUGGUAUUUUAACAUUACCCAAAAUAAUUCUGCAAUUAAAUUUAACCUCAGGUAAAAGUUGUACUUUAGUUUAGCCCUUACUAAGUGUUUCAGUGUUUACUACAAGUCAUUGGAACACAUUGUGAGAAUAUGAAUGUAUCAAACAAACCAAUCCAACUAGUUAUAGAGAAAGCAGGCAUCUGUGGUGAAGCCUAAUCCUUCACCAACUGACACAUCUAGAACACAUCUCUCACCAACGGCAGUGUCAUUUUCUGUUUGUUUAGAAGAGAAUGCUUGUGAUUUGAUUAUGUUUUACUCGUGUUUCCUGACCGGCCUUAUUGAGAAAGUGAGGAAAUUCCACAAUGACAAUAGAUGAUUUAGGACUGACUGAGGAUAAUGGGCGGUCUGUGUGGCUAACAGUGUCUAAAAUGUUCUGUCUCCCUUUCUUUAAAGGGACAUAUAGUUUUGACUGACUUCGGAUUGUGCAAGGAAGGAAUUUCCCAAGCCGAGACGACAAGCACAUUUUGUGGGACACCCGAGGUAACAUUGAGCAUUUAGCGAUGGUAGAUUAAUGCCACGUUCCCAUUUUAGCUGGUAUUUUGUUCACAUGACAUAUCACAAUGUUAGUGUCAAAUCACUACUAAUUAUUAACAAAGGAAAUUGUUUGGAAUGAAAAUUGUUAAGAGGGAGGAAUGAGGCCUCCCGAGUGGUGCAGCGGUCUAAGGCACUGCAUCACAGUGUUGCGGCGUCACUACAGCCUGGGGUUUGAUCCCAGGUGUGUCAUUACCGGUCGUGACCGGGAGUCCCAUAGGGAGGUGCACAAUUGGCCCAGCGUCGUCCGGGUUAGGGGAGGGUUUGGCCGGGGGGGCUUUACUUGGCUCAUCGCACUCUAGCGACUCCUUGUGGCGGGCCGGGCGCCUGCAGGCUGACUUCGGUCAUCAGUUGAACGGUGUUUCCUCCGACACAUUGGUGCAGCUGGCUUCAGGGUUAAGCGAGCGGGUGUUAAGAAGCAAGGCUUGGCGGGUCAUGUUUCGGAGGACGCAUGUCUCAACCUUCGCCUUUCCCAAGCCCGUUGGGGAGUUGCAGCGAUGAGACAAGAUCGUAAUCACGAAAAAGGGGGUAAAAAAAAAAAAGAGGGAGGAAUGAAAGUGGUUAAUAAUUUGACAUGCCUGUCUCCAUUUUAGGUGCCAUAUAAAGUUCUAUGGAUAGUAUAAGCAUGAUUCAUGUUUUCCAGGGCAGCGUAUGUAAUGUAAAUGUAAGAACCUUUUAAUGUCUAGAAUAGGGUUGCAAAGCUACCAGUAAUUUACCAAAGUCACCGGAAUCUAUGGCAAUCUAUAGUAACUCAGGUAAUAUAUACUUGAAUAACUUAAUCUAUUCAUAUAUACUGUAUUCAUUUUCUAUAUCUGUGUCCAUAUUGUCCAUGAGUUUCUAGUGGAUAAAAUAUAUGGUUCCAGAGAAAAUAGCCUAGUUACAUCUCUCACAAACAGCAGUUUCACUUUCAGUUUGUUUAGAAGAGAAUGCUUGUGAUUUGAUUAUGUUUUACUCAUGUUUCCUGACCGGCCUUAUUGAAAAAGUGAGGAAAUUGUGAGUGGGCUACUCUGUCCAAAAUUCCACAACGACAAUAGAUUAUUUAGUACUGACUGAGGAUAAUGGGCGGUCUGUGUGGCGGACAGUGUCUAAAAUGUUACUAAACACUGGGAUUCACUAAGUUGAUGGUUUAUAUUUAGGAUAAUGUUUUAUAGCUUUGACAUUCUGUUUUAUUUGAAAAUCCUCUUAUUUGAUUAUUUUAUAUAUCUUACAUGUGAUAAGGGCCAGAGAUAAUUACAGACACCUGUGAUCAUCAGAAGUAACCAAAAAGGCAUCUUAUAAAAUACAAAAAUAUGAAAGUUACCAAAAUCCUGGUAAUUUACUUGUAGUUUAUUUAGAACGUUUCUAGUAAUAUACCCUCCCUUUGCAACCCAAGUCUAGACCACUGUUCUGGAUUGAGACUGAAAAGGCCUGUCAAUGCUAAUGUAUUUAACUCUCUCCUCUCCCCAGUACCUAGCUCCAGAGGUCCUGAGGAAACAACCGUAUGACAACACAGUGGACUGGUGGUGUCUGGGAUCAGUGCUCUAUGAAAUGCUCUUUGGCCUGGUGAGUUACAGUAGUAGACAUUGAAAACAGGAACAAUAUUUACUGUCAGAGUGCACCGUUGACAUGCUGCCUGAUCACGCACUGCCCUUCCACUAAUACAUCCAUCUCCCCUCUGUUCCACAGCCUCCGUUCUACAGCAGAGACACCCAUGAGAUGUAUGACAACAUCCUUCACAAGCCCCUGAUGAUGCGUCCCGGAGCAUCCAACAUGGCCUGGUCCCUCCUGCAGGCUCUACUGGAGAAGGACGGCACACACAGACUGGGCUCCAGAGAUGACUUUGUGAGUGGUCAUCAUCACAGUCUCACAGCUGUGACUAGUGUAUCGCUGUAGCUGAUGGCAUCUGACUCCCUCUGGUGGAGAAAUAUUGUCAUGACAAGGGGUUGCGCAAUAGCUGCAGUGUUUGUACACUCAGUGUAUAUACAUUUCUCCUGGGCAGAUGGAUUGCAUUACACUACUUUCAUCAGUAUGAAGUAAAUAUCAUUUGCCUUGGUCGUUCUAGAACUGAAACAUAUCAAUUAUAUUCUAUUUUUUCAGAAUGAGAUCAAAGCUCACUACUUCUUCUCAGAGAUCAAUUGGGAUGACCUGGAACAGAGGAAGGUUCCACCUCCAUUCACUCCCAAUGUGGUAAAUGUUCUCAGGAUUAUAUCUGAUUCUGAUCACACAGACAUACACAGAUGUGUAAGACACCAGACCACAGGCAUGAAUGAACUGAAUGUUUUUUUCCUAUUUCGCAGAAUUCUCCUUAUGACAUCACAAAUUUUGAUCCAGAAUUCACAGACGAGACUGUUACGAACUCUGUGUGCUAUACUGAAGAUUCCAUAGUCAACGCCAGCGUGAUGGAGGCUGACGAUGCCUUCCUAGGUUUCUCGUAUGCACCACCCUCAGACGACUCCUUUCUAUGA